UAAGAACAAGGCAGACUCCUAUGUUCCUGAUGCAGCUACGGUCAUGAUCUGGAAGCAAACCUGUGCAGAGUAAUGGGCAGUGCUGGCCAAGGCCUAACUUCUCUGCCACAUAGCCGAGUCAUCCUUCAGGAUCCUGUGCUGUUUUCGGACCUGGAGAAACUACCUGUGGCUCAAGAUCCUGACAGCCAGAGCUGGAAAUCUCUUGACAUUCCAAGCCCCCCUGCCACACCUGAGCAAACUCUUCCUGCCUUCUGCCUGCAAUACUUUGACAUGCUUUACCCAAAUGACAGCACCUGGGUCCCUAAGGGUUUGAGUGAUAGUCAACAACCCAACAGCCAAGGGGCUAGGGCAGGAGUACCCAAAGAACCAGAGCAGUGCCCUAUCAUUGACAGUCAAGGUUUGAGCCUCACACCUGAUAUGGACUACCCAGCAAACCUUCAUCUGGAGGAACACUCCCUGGAGCAAGUGCAAAGUAUGGUGGUGGGUGAAGUCCUCAAGGACAUUGAAACAGCUUGCAAGCUUCUCAAUAUUGCAGCAGACCCAGCAGACUGGAGUCCAGGAAAUGUCCAGAAGUGGAUUUUAUGGACAGAACAUCAGUACCGCUUACCACAGAUUGGGAAAUCAUUCCAAGAUCUGUCUGGAAAAGACCUGUGUGCCAUGUCUGAGGAGCAGUUCCGUCAGCGCUCCCCACCAUGUGGUGAUGUGUUGCAUGCUCACCUGGACAUUUGGAAAUCAGCUGCCUGGAUGAAGGAGAAGGCUGCCCCUGGAGAGAUCCAUUACUGUGGGAAUGAAGAGAACUGGACAGACAGUGAGGUAGAUUCAUCCUGUUCAGGCCAGCCUAUUCACCUAUGGCAGUUUCUAAAAGAACUUCUACUGAAGCCUCAUAACUAUGGCCGCUUCAUUCGUUGGCUUAAUAAGGAAAAAGGUAUAUUUAAGAUAGAAGAUUCUGCUCAGGUGGCUCGCCUGUGGGGAAUCCGGAAGAACCGGCCUGCCAUGAACUACGACAAGCUGAGCCGCUCUAUUCGACAAUAUUACAAGAAAGGGAUAAUCAGGAAACCAGAUAUCUCACAGCGGCUGGUCUACCAGUUUGUACAUCCUGUCUGAAAAGCAAAGCAAAUGGAACAAAUUCAAAUACACUGCGUACUUUGUGGGCUGGAGGAUAUCUGGAAGCAUAAAAACCCCUUUCCUCUGCAAUAUGUUGAUUUUAAUAUAGAAGAAUUCCAAGGUUGGACAAAAGGCUGGGAACCCACUGGAUUUGUCUGUUGAGCUUCAAAGACUUGUGCCUUAAUUGAGUGUGGGAACAGGGAAACAAAUACACUUUGUUGUCCAGAUAAAAUGGCAAAAGAAGAACUGCUAUGAAAUCAUGAACAUAUAUUAUAUUUUAGAGUCCAUGGUAUUGUGUGUAGAACAUUUUUAUAAGUAGAUAGGUAGGUAGGUAGGUGAUAGAUAGAUAUUUCUCUAAAUCCAUCCUGUGGGAAGCCAAGAGGAUUUGGGGAAUUGGUGGGAAGAGAAGAAGAAAGGUGGUGGGGUUACUUCAGUCUAUCCAUCAGGUGGGUUUUUCCCCUUUUUUCUUUGAAGCUAUUGGAAGAAUAAUAUGGUAAAAGAAGCAAGGUAACCAUUUUUGAAACUUUACUAAAUCUACAUUAUAAAACAAAUCAUGGGAAACCAGACAAAGUACUGUAAUAAUAUUGGGAAUUUAUGAGUUGGUGGACAGAUCUCCAGUAGUGUUGCAUGGCAAUCUUAUAAGCUGCCUUAAUGUUUCCAUUCUCUUGGCCAUCUGUUGCUUUUUAUGUAACAAGCACACUCUUAAAGAGUGCACUGUGAGACAAAAAAACCCACUUACGGUAAGAAAAUUUGGUACGACAGGUUGUAAUGCUAAUUCCUCCAAAGGACCUUUUAAGUCUUGGCAAAAUGUUUUUUUUGGGGGGGGGAAG